AUGACCAAACCAAUCGUCCUCCACCUCGGCGAUGACAUUCGCUGGAAUCAUGACCAGUACAGCAAGUUCAAAGAUGUCUUUGAGAUCCGCCGGUCCUACAGCAUGUCUCGGCCGGAGUUUAUCCGAGCCCUAAAAGAUCGCCAAUUCGGCGACUUCUUCGCCAUCUACCGCCCAUUUUGGAAUACUGGAGGUGAGAUGGGGAACUGGGAUGAGGAGCUUGUCUCGCUGCUCCCAGAUUCCUGCAAGGUCUAUGCUAGUGCCGGUGCCGGGUUUGAUUGGGUUGAUACUGCAGCUUUGGCGAAGAAGGGAGUUAUUUACUGCAAUGCCGCUGCAGCCUGCACAGAAUCCGUCGCCGAUGCCGCAAUCUGGCUCAUAAUCUCAACAUUCCGUCUGUUUUCUUGGUCACACAUUGCCGCACGCGCUCUGGACGCUGAUGCAUUUGUCGACGCAAACCGUAACCUGGCAAUGGUCUCACACAAUCCCAAUGGCAACACACUUGGAAUCAUUGGAUUUGGUCAAAUUGGACGGCGCACUGCUGAGAAAGCCUUCCUGGCCAUGAACAUGAAGAUUCAUUACCAUGAUAUUGUCCAAAUGCCCGCACACCUGGAAGCCGUCUCCAAGGCCACAUACCACAAGGACAUGGACAGCCUCCUCGCUCUUUCAGACUGUGUAAUGGUUGCGACGCCAUUUAGCGGGGAGACACUCCUCAAUGCGUCUCUGCUCGCGAAGAUGAAGACCGGCUCGCGACUCAUUAACAUUGCUCGUGGCAAGCUUCUCGAUGAAGGCGCUCUUGUUGAUGCCCUGAAGAGUGGCAAGCUCGCCGCUGCUGGAUUGGAUGUUCACUACGACGAGCCGCAUGUUAGUCCGGAGCUUGCAGCCAUGAAAAACGUUGAGAUGAUGGCACACAACGCAGGUGCUUCGGUUGACUCACAUAUCGGGUUUGAAAGGUUGGGUAUGGAGAAUAUCGUUUCGUUCUAUCAGAACGGGAAGGCUAUUACCCCCGUUAAUGCGCAUCUGGUCGCAAAGGCGACAGGUUCUAAGCUAUAG